AUGUUGGUCCCAGAAAGGGAACGCAAGCUGAAUGUAUUCAGCAUUGCUGGUGAGGGUGGUGUUGGCAAGUCCCAGCUGGCCCUCCAAUUUGCGUACCGUCACUUCAGCGAAUUCAACGCCAUAUUUUGGGUGUCAGCAGAUAACGAAUCAAAGAUUGCGCAAGGAUUCGAGCAAAUCGCCGUCGAAGUCGCCCUAGUCCAAGGUGCUAGUAACCAAGAAUCUCUCGGCAUGGUUCGAGAAGCUACCAAGAGGUGGCUAAGAAACACUGCUCAUACCUGGCUUUUGAUUCUUGACAAUGUUGAGUCCUUGAGUUCUUUGGACGACUACUGGCCAACCGCAGCGCGAGGGUCUAUCAUCAUAACCACGCGAAACCAAAAUCUUAUUCAACCUCCUAUUUCAACCUCCAUAGUUCUCAGGGCUUUCAGCUCAAAGGACGGCACUCAAUUCAUACUUGAAAACGCCCCGGAAGAAUCAAAGGCCACCGAUGGAACGGAUGAUGCGAAUGCGUUACAAAUUUCGAAGGCUUGUGGCGGCCUGCCUUUGGCUCUUUCUCAAGUUGUUCGAUUCAUCCGUUCUUUCAAUCUCCCACUCUCCGAUGCUGCCAUGCGAUUUUCCACCACGGAGGCUUUUGUCGCUGAGGGGGUACCAGUGAUUUGGGACAGAACUCUCAAGUCUCUAAGCCCUGCCUGUUCCACUAUCGUACAAUUGCUAUCUCACUUCGACCCGGAUGGCAUCACAGAGGAUUUGUUGAAAUCUUCAUUGAAGACCAUGGAAGAUCGCUUAGGAAUUGGUGAGGACAUAAAUACACAAAUGAUGGUACUUCUUGACAGGUCUCUGAUUUCCCGAGGACCCAAGAGCAAGAGUUUCUCCAUGCACAACCUGAUUCAGGCGAAAAUUUUUCGAAGCAUGGAUCCAAUGCGGAGAGCUGAUAUGUUCGUGCUGGUCUUAGAUACCAUUGAUGACUUCUUCCCAAGUUAUGGCGAUAAUGACCUCUUAGUCAACUCCUGGGCAGGAUGCAAACUUGCUCUACCUCAUGUUCUUCGACUUCUUGAUCUUUUCUCCAGCACUAUCCUACAGGAUAUCUCAUCAUAUGUCAAGUUGGGUGGGCUGGUUGAAAGAGCCUCUUGGUAUCUCCAAGAGCGAGGAGCACGGAAACAGGCUAUGGGCUUACUAAACCACGCGAUGGAAAUCGCCCAACAGGGCUUGCAAAAAUAUCCAGAAGUCGGCGGUGAUUCGGAAUCCACAAGUACUUCCGCCACCAGGUCGUCGACAUCAGUUGCUAUCCAAGAUCUCAGGGAACUUGUCUCUGCUAUCACCAACUCAAUUGGAUUGCUCGAGCUUGGCCGCUGUCGUUUUGACAAGGCCCUGAAUCAUUUUCUUGACGCCGUUUCGAUGCGUGAAGGUCUAGGAUUAAUUGAUCGAGAGACGAUUUAUAUGAAACGGAAUGUCGGCAUUGCCUAUCUCAGCGCAAAUCGCGUCGAUGAAGGAUACGCUGCUUUUCAACACUCCCUUUCGCUCCUGGAAGAUCAACUCACCACCUCAACAGACCGCGAUAAAUUAAGAGACGAUCUAGCUUUCAACUAUGGUUCUCUUUCCUUUGCCCUGCUGGAUAUGGGGAAGCUUGAUGAGGCUUGGGAUGCCGCAACAAAAUCGACUGAGCUCCUGAAGCAGGGCCACGACAAAGAAAGUGCGAUGAUGGGAGAUUGUUUCACGACAUUGGGGAAUAUUCGACGCCUCCAAGGCAAACUAGGCGAAGCUGAAGCCUUUUACCUACAGGCUUUGGAAAUUCGAAUGAAUGUUUGCGGCCAACACGAGCGAACUGCUUUGUCCCUUCAUAAUUAUGCGCGGAUUCUAAAACAGCUAGGUAAAGACGAGGACGCCAUAAAUGUCGCAAAGAAGGGGGUGGAAAUGCUCCGAGAACUACCAGACUCUGAGUUAAUUCUCGCAAGGUCAUUGUUUUACUUGAGCCAGUACGAAUGUGCCGGCGAAAUGAAUCAAUUGAGUCAGAACUACGAGAACGAGGCUGUGGAGAUAUACUGUGCGCAUCAUGGCGUAGCGAGAGACAAGUCGUCGUUGACCAACAAGGAUUUUGACAAUCUGCUUGUACAUUACUACCGAUAA